GUCAGCUGGUCAGGGACUGUAAAUGCUGUAAACUUGUAACUAUCGUAUCGAGCCUUGGGUCAAAAGUUUUGUGUCGUGAUGUCUGCAAUGUCUUUGCAGGUGCACUCCUGGAGCUUUUAAAAGAAUGGCAACGCAGUGUGUAUAGUUCGGUUACGGUCAUCGGCGCAGACACAGAGUAGCAAAAGCACUGCGUUCAACAACACCUCUCUACUGAGUCACGAUGGAGUCGUGCUUAGCUGUUGAACGUGAGAUCGACAAAGUUCUUAGUAAAUUUGGCACUCUAAGCGAACACACGAAAACCACGCUGAGUGAGUUGAUAGCCUACGUACAAGAAAUGUACCGAGAGCUCGGCGAAGUACCAGCAGACGCUGACGUGACGACUUCGCAUGGCAUAGCCCUCACGCAGUGCGCUCAGAAAAUAAAGGACCUGAGCAGUUCGCUGGCGACAGAGCACCGAGAUUUGCACGGAACCGUGUCUAAAGUUGGCAAAGCCAUAGACAAGAACUUCGUGCCCGACUUCUGGGCCACAAGCAGCGAGGAGGUGUUCGAUGGGAGCGACAAGAGGGCGGCGCUCAACCAGGUGAUCGCGGAGCACCUGCUGCGUCAGGGCAUGCUGGACAUCGCCGAAGAGCUGUCGCGCGAGGCACGUCUCGAGUCUGCCCAGAAGGAGCCAUUUGCCGAGCUCAACAACGUCCUCGACGCGCUGAAGCGGCGCGAUCUGGGACCCGCGCUGGCCUGGGUGGCACAGCACGAACUUCAGGGCACGGCCCUGCACUUCCAGCUGCACCGUCUUCACCUUGUGGGGCUGCUGCAGCGCGGAGCGGCGGCCGAGGCAAUCGCGUACGCCCGCGCGCAUCUCGCGCCGUUAGCACGGCAACACGAACGCGAUUUGCAAGUGUUGAUGGGUAGCCUAGCAUUUCUACGGGUGCCCGGCGGCCUGGCGCGAUCGCCGUACGCCUUUCUGCUCGAGCCAGCACUCUGGAGCGAUACGUGCGAGGCGUUCACGCGCGACGCGUGCGCGCUUCUUGGCCUGUCGGUGCGCAGCCCACUGGCGGUAUGCGUCGAGGCGGGCAGCCUGGCCCUGCCUGCGCUGCUCAACAUCAAGCAGGUCAUGAUGCAGCGCCAGGUGGCCGGCGUGUGGAGCACGCGCGACGAGCUCCCCAUCGAGAUCCGACUGGGCUGUCAGUUCCACUCCGUGUUCGCCUGCCCCAUACUGCGCCAGCAGAGCAGCGACGCCAACCCACCCAUGAGGCUCGUCUGCGGCCACGUUAUUUCGCGUGAUGCCCUUCACAAGCUGGCCAGUGGCAGCAAGCUCAAGUGUCCCUACUGCCCUGUGGAGCAGAACCCGUCAGAUGCCCGGCUUAUUCAUUUCUGAGUGUGAAAUAAACUAUCUACCUACUC